AUGAUACAAGAGUUCACUGAUGAAAUCGUUCAUGGGGUUCAAUGUUAUUCACAAUGUUCAGAAACCAAAUCAUUUGUCGAGUUACAAAUGCAAACGGAAUCUUAUCAAGUGUUUCAUCGUGGUACGCAAUCGAGACGGUAUAAAACUCAAGAACUUCAAACAAGCUUUUGUCAUCAAGAUGAAACACUGCAUAAUGACAUACUUACUAACAACGAUAAGUUGACUGAAGAAACAAGAAUAUUAUGUUUUCUUAAACGUACUGAGCCAAUCGUUACAAAAGAGAUACAAAAAAAUAUCCACUCCAAAGUGUUUAGACAAUCACAGUCAAGAAGACCAUUUUAUAGAAAUAAUGCAUCGGUGAAACAUACACUCAUUCUAAAUGAAGCAAAAGAAUCCAAAUUAUCUGUUACAGGAUUAUCUUGGAACUCUAAUGGGACACUAUUAGCGAUAUCAUAUGGAUCAUUGUUUCAUACUGAUUGGUGUACACAUAAUGGCAUGGCUGCACUUUGGAAUGUGUCAAAUGAAACAUUGGUAAUCAAUACUCCUCAGCAAAAAUAUGUAGCAGAUACUUGUCUAAUGUGUAUUAAAUUUCACCCAACAGUUCCAUCUUUGUUAGCUGGAGGGACAUUUACAGGAGAUUUAGUCGUCUGGAAUCGUACCAACGAAAAUGAUCAUCUAUUAACCAGUAUCGGAAGUAUGCACAGUGGUCAUAAGGAUUGUAUCAAUCAAAUCAGUUGGAUACGAGAUAGUCUAGAGUCUAACUUACAAAAUCUAACUUCCGAAAAAUUCAGUCGGUAUACAACAACUUAUAAGUUAUUAAGUUCAGGAAGUGAUGGAAGAAUUGUUUGUUGGCGAAUUGAUCUGUGUCACUUAGGAAAUGUGAACUGUGUUAAGAUUUUUCAAAUAAGACAUAAAGAUCAGAGUCCUUUACCAAUAUCCAACCAUUUUAAUUCAUUAAAGAAAUGCAGUCUCUUUCGGUCAGAUCUAUCCGAAACAAUAAAUAGUGACAGAGCAGUUAAUAUAACUUGUAUUUCAUUAGCUAAAAAUGAUCCAGAAAAAUUUGUUGUUGGAACAGAAACAGGAGGACUAUUAAUAUGUCAAAUAAAUUCUGUUAACUGGAAUGAAACAUAUAAAGAAUCCUUGGAAGAAUACAUACAGUCACCGGUUAGAUUUUCACUUGCUCGUCAAGAUGGUCCGAUUUAUUCAGUAGAUUGGAGUAAAUUCUAUCCCAAUCUUAUUAUAGCUUGUGGGUUCAAUCAUUGUAUUCAGCUUUUCAAUGUACUACAAAAAUCUCCAUUAAUAAGUUUAGAUCCAAAUUAUGGUUCAAUACUUGUUGUUGAAUUUUCCUCAUAUUUAUCAAAUAUUUUUUUCUGUAUAACCGAAUAUCAUCAUAUACUUAUUUAUGAUUUAACUGGUGAUGAAGAAAUUAAUCCAAUGUACAAUUAUUUUAAUGAAGAGAAACUGUAUAGUCUUCAACGUGAACUACUGUAUACAUUGACAUCUCAAAUUAAUAAUGAUAUUCAAAGUACAAUUGUAUCUGCGAAACUUAAUGAAAAAGAUUCUAAACUUGUUGCUACUGGAAGUACAAGUGGGAUUGUUUAUGUAUGGGAUUUUGGUAAUCUAAUCAAUGAAUUAUCGUUAAAAUCAGAAUGUUACGUAGAAAGCAAUUCAAACCAGCCGUCUAUUCUAGUACUUUCAUAA